CAUUGGCUUAGACAUUUAGCUAGACCUGGCAACCCUGGCUGUGUCUGUUGGUUAUAACAGAAGGCGAUCGUACGACUUUAUGGGCAGAAAGAAAAAAGAACAGAAACAGACAAAGCAUGGCUGAACAGACAGAUGCUAAUCAUCUCAAAUGCUAGCAGUGAGAAAGAAGCAAGCAGCCCACGCAAAUACUUUCCAGAUCUCAAUGGCAAAAUACGCCUUAUCUACAUCAAAAACAGGGCAAUCGGAAAUGAGAAACCUUACACAUUUGAAAGGACGACGGAGGCGUUCAAAUCAAUGGAUUAAAUCUUUGUACAGCAGCUCCUCAACCUCAUCUAUGCUGGAAAUGUGCAGCAGUCUGAGCGUUUGGUUUCCAUAGUAACCACGGAAACACGCUGCCACGAACAAAAGGUAGUACUGGCUCGCGCGUUUAUUACAGACAUAAUCAUCCUAAUAUUAGCCUGUAUUAGCAUGCACUAUGCUUAGAAGUGCAUUUGUAAGACUUUCUCAAAACUAGUGACAGUAGUUUACUUGAUACCAGUAGUUGGCUGCGCUGUAUUGAAUUACAAAUAUGGGGCCAGUGCACAGCAAUGUGUAUUGUGUUCUUGAGAGUCUCUUGCCUAUUGAAUUUUAAUAGCCAACAAAUUGGUUAGCUAACACACUGAGGAAAUGUAGGUCAAACUAUAUAUCAGUUACUAUAAAGAAUAGCUAGCUAAUGCUAGAGUUCCUUUUUUGGUAUAUAACUUUAGUAGCUUGCAGAGACAGCAGCUAUAAGUUAUCUAGCAACAAGUAACAAAUAAACAAAGUGAACUGGCUGAAAACCUAGGAGGACAGUGGGGGUUGUAACAAACAUAGGGGACUGAGCAAGCUUGCCUAGGCACACAUUUUUCUCUGUGGAAAAUGUACCUUAUUCAUAAAACAGAAAGUUGAGCUCACAAAAUGAUUAAAGGUAAAGGAAAGCCAAAUGUAUAUUUCUCAGUACGCUGCUCAGCUUUGCUCGAAGGAAAGCAAAACCCAUGUCGAGAGGGUUCCACUUGUGUGGUUUUGGAGUUAACUAGAGCCCUCACCUGCUUGCUCUCAGACCCCUACAGUCCCAAAGGCCCUAGGCUUUAUCUCAAGGCUUUCCAAGACAAUAAAUCGGAGACUGUAAGACUAGUCAAGGGUAGACAAGCUCAGCACCUGCCCAAGAUAGUGAAGGUCUUCUCUGAGCACAUUUUGCCAAAAAAUACUGAAAUGAAGUCUAGGGAGAGAGCGAGUGAGGUCAUCGACAUUGUAGCAGAAGCUGCCUCUGAAUUCCUUGAGUUCUUAAUGGCUGUUUCGCCAGGGGACACAGAUGUGCAAGAGCUGCAAGCAGCCUUCUUAUUUUCAUUAGGCAAGUUCGAAGAGAGCGCAGAUGUUUAUUCUGUUGCCUUGCAGGAUCAUUCACAAUCACAACCAAAGUCAGGUACAGGCAAGGUGGUUAAGGGGAUGCCAGCAGAAAGAAGAGCCAGUCUCUUGACCAGUAGAGCGGCCACCCAUUUCUCCACAGGGGGGCGAGCCACGGAGACAAGCCGGGACCUUGGUGAGGCUUUUGGAGUCCACCCUGCCACAGCACGACUGCAGUUCCAGAGGCUCUUCGUGGACCAGGGGACAGGAGCGGCAGCCCGCAUGCAACUGCGUCAGCAGGCAGAGAGAGGACUGUUGGGGUACAGGGAGACAGUCCUGGUCCGUCUUGACCUGCGUUCCUCUGAGGGCGUGGAGCUGCUGGACCCAGUGAUCGCCCAGCUCUGGGCGCUGUGCCACCUGGAGCCCGACGGGGGCAGCAGAGAGUUGCGGGUGCGGCUGGCCGAGUGCCUCCUCCUGCGGGGCGAGUUCCGAGAGGCCCUCUCCAUCUGCAGCCAGCUGGCGACCCACACCAACUCCCACGCCCAGCAUAGCUACCAGAACACACUGCAGGUGCUGCGCGGCUACUCCCGUCUUCUCUCAGAUGACCACAAGGGGGCUCUGGAGGACUUUCAAAUGGUGAUCGAGCACAAGGCACCCCACCCUUCCAGCUGUGUGCGGGCGCUGUGCGGCAGGGGCGUCCUGCGUAUGAUGGGGGGCCUGCACUACCUCACAGCCCUGGACUAUGUGACGGCGAGCAGGUUGCAGCCCCAGGACACUGCGCUGACUGUACGCUGCUUGGUUCCCUGGAACUGCCGCGGGCUGCUGCUCACCGUGCUGUUGGAGCAGGCCAGGGUCAUGCUGGAGGAGUGGACCGUAGAUCACAGCUCCAGUCUCAGUCCCUUGGAACAGCAAGAGCACCAGCAGACCAAACAGCUACAGCCUACGCAGACAAAAGAUGGCUACAAAGAAGGGACACCAGUUGGAGUCCACUCUCUGGCUGUUUUGCUGAUGGAGUUACAGCCCAGUGCUGACGCUCCUCAGAUCCUGGUGGCUGAUGCCCUGUACCUGCUGGGCCGGGUGGAGGAAGCGUAUCGCUUGCUGUUGGCCAUUGGGCCCACUAGCCCACGUGCACCCAUCCUGGCCCGCCUCACCCUGCUACAACUGCACCGGGGCUUCCUUUAUGAUGCCAACCAGCUGCUGAAGAAGUUGAUCCAGUGUGGUGAUACGAGCUGCUUGCGCCCCCUGCUGGCCGUGGCGUCUAAAAAGGACCGGCUGCUGCUGCAGGGCUACUGCCACUCUGCCUCCAAACGCAUCCUGGAGGGCCUGCAAGGCGAGUGCACCCUGAGGCAGGCCGUGGCCUAUCUGUCCAUCGCCAUCAUGGCCUCUGGAUGUGAGGCAGCAAACUCAUUGAUGGAAAGGGCCAGGUGCUAUGUCUUGUUGGGCCAACGCAAGACAGCCGUCUUUGAUUUCAGCUCCAUCUUGAAAGAGCACCCUGACCAUGUACAGGCCCUCUGUGGAAGAGGCUUCACCUAUCUCAUGCUAAACCAACAGAAGGAAUGCACUCAGGAUAUACUGGCAGCACUUCAAAUAAGCAUGGACGCCGUCACCAAAGACAUCCUAUCGCUCAAAGAUAAGGCAAGGAAACUGGUCUGUGAUUGGCUGCAGCAGUACUGCCGGACCAAUCUGUCUGAGAUCCUGGCGGCUAAGGCCGUCCCCUGCCAGGAAGAAGAGCUUCGAGAGGCCUUUCUAAUUGGAGGAGUCCUGAUGAGGACUGACUGCCGAGACACCAGAUGUCAUCUCCUCUACGUAGAUAUACUACUGGCCAAAGGUGAGGUGAAAUCAGCAGGAGCUCACCUGGCUCAGGUGUUUGGCCAGGAUCCCCGGGAGGCUGCAGCUCAGGCCAGGGUGGGCGUGGUGGAGGCCUGGCAGCAGAAUUACCGCGGAGGCGGCGCCAGGCUGAGCAAGCUGACCGAAAAGGAACCCUCUACUCUGGACUUCCUGCUGACCCUCAUUCCCCCGAUUCACAGGAAACACAUGGCACAAGCAGCAGCCCAGGAAGCAGGCAGUGUCUCAGCGAGUGGCCAUUGGGAGCAAGCCCUGGCCCUUCUGACCGUGGCUGUGCGAGCCGCGGCAGAGCUUCGACUGCAGUUCCUGCGCCAACGGGCCGCUUGCCUCGCCCAGCUCGACCUGCAUGAACGGGCUGUGGCCGACCUGGACCGGGUCAUCUGGAGCCACGAUGACCCCUCCGACGCUACAGUCUCCGGAGCCCCAGAAGAGCCUCACGUCUGGGCAGACGACCUGUGUCAGCGAGGCCGCAGCCUGGUGCUGUGCUCCCACGAGGGGCCCGCCCUGGACGACUUCAGCCGGGCCCUGGAGCUCCACCGGGGCCAGGCUUUGCUGUGUGUGGAGGCCGGGCUGGGAAGGUCCCGCCUGGCCGAGUGCUUCCUGCGUAUGGCCCUGCAGCACUACGGAGAGCAGCAGCUCAGUAAGGCCUGGAGGUUGACCGAGAGCGGCCUGUUGGUGGACAGUGAGCACAUGGAGCUGCGCAGGCUCAGGGCCAGGGUCAAGCGGGAGCACUGCAGCCCCUGCAUUGUACACUAGAUUAGUGUACCUUUGUAGUGCCUUGAGAUACCAUUGUACUGUACUUUGGAAGAAACCCUUCCAAGUAAAGCUCACUUAAAGUAACCCUAUGACAAUUUGUUUUUAUGUACACUAAACCUCAGUUAAUUGCUACCGCGAAAAUAUUUAGAAUGUCAAAGGGGAAGCUGCAUUUAUAUCUUAUUCAGAAUGAGGGCUAAUAGAAUAAUGAGCAUUUCCCUUGGGUAGUGUUUUUGUAAACAUGGAAAAGUCAUAGAAUUUAUUUGUAAUAUGUGAGUAUUUUGCAAUCACAUUCCUGACAUUUAAUAGGAAAUGGCGUGGGAACAAUGGAUAUUCCCUGGGGCUUCAAUUCAAUAUACUUGAUACCUGGUUGAUAUGGUGCCUUGUGGUGGUUGAAAGAAUCCCAAAGGAACAAACAAGUAACACAGGUUAUUUCUGUGUAAUUACGUUUGACUAUUUUACUACAUAACUAGUAAGACUGUAAAGAUGCAACUACACACAACAACUUUUGUUUUAUUUUUGUGUAUUUUUGAAUUCAUGUGUAAUAAACCAAAUGUCUUCGACAGCAAUUACUUUUUUUUACAUUCAA